CAAAUGCAGCGGUCAUUGUUUCCUCGAAAGUGUCGCGCAGGGACGAAGAACUUUGUUUUUCCAGUUUUUUAGGCAGCUCUGUCACUCGGUCGGCUCCGGCUCCCCAGCUUGGCGAAAAAUCGCGUUUUCUUUGUCAAUUGAGAGAGUUCUUCUCCUCUUUUGUCCACCCACAAGUGUUUCUCGAGUGUUUUUCAUGCGGUCCUUUAUCUUUUUUCUUUUCCACCACGACGCCUCUCUAACCUGCGUUCCUUGCGGCGCAUUUCCUUGCCCUUUCCUGCCGAAGGUGCCGACGGUCGUGACCCGAGUCAACUUUUAGCGAAGCAGACGCGCCAUCACCGUGAACGUAGACUCGCCGCAGACCAAGGACUUCUCUCCGCGUCUCUGCCUUCUCUCGCGAGACGCCUUCCGAGGCGAGAUUUCUGGACAUCCUCCCGGAAAUGUUUCCAGACACCUUCCACCGAGAAGAAGCGAGGCUCGGGUCCUCAAAGGCUUUUCGCUGCCUGUCCGUGUGAUGUAGUUUCUCUCUUUCGGCGCGAGAGAGAACGAGGGUGGACUCUUUGCCGUCUAACUUUUUCUCCUCUUUCGCGCCGUCAAGCUCGAGGCCAAGAGGAUCUUCCUCAGGACGAAGAGAACGCGUUUCUCGAGUUCGAGAGUCUCGAGCUGUCGCUCCCGAAUACAGAGGUCUUCUCCAAGCUCGAAAACCGUUUUUUCUCAUGGCGCUGAAGCAACCAGUGACCCAAGUGCGCCUGACGAAUGUCGCCGUCGUACGCCUGCGACACCACGGCUACCGUUUUGAAGUCGCAUGCUAUAAGAACAAAGUCCUCAACUGGCGAACAGGAAUUGAGGACGACUUGCGAGAGGUUCUGCAGACGAACGCCGUCUUCCACAAUGUAUCGAAAGGAGAAUUCGCGAAACGCGACGCCCUCCUCGCGGCCUUCAACACCGUGGAUCAGGAUAGCAUCUGCAAAGUCAUUCUUGACAAAGGAGAGUUGCAGGUGUCUGAGAAGGAGCGUCAAGCAGCGUUGGCGGCUGCGCUGCAAGAUGUGAUAACGCUGGUGAUUGACAUGACGGUGAACGUAAGGACAGGGUUGCCGCUCACGCGGACGGCCGCGGCGUCUGCACUGAGGCAAGCAGGUUUCGGCGUGAAGCUCGGAGCAGCGUCGAAGGCGCAAGCAUUGAAGGCGGUGGUCCUCCUGCAGAAGAAGCUAGGUUCAGACGCCAUCGCUCGACGCAUGAUGAGGCUGCAGGCCGAGUGUGCAGAAGCGCACCGCGAGCAAGUUCGAUCCUUCAUCUGUCACCAAUGCGGAGGCGUCAUCGAACACGAGGUCCUGCGGGGAACAAAUGAAGCAGAAGAACAGGACACAGCAAAGCCGCACAGACGAGAAGCAGAGAGAGAAGAAGAAGAAAGAAACAAAGAAAGAAAGGGAGACCAGAGACAGUUAAGGCAAAAGGCUGUGGAGUCUGUUUCGUCAGGCACACCACAGAGAGACCCGCAGUCAGAGGGGCUAGCGCAGCGACAGAGAAGACUUGAGAGGCUGCUCGGACGAGAGGGACAUUUGGGAGAAUCGGCAGGAGAGAAGAGUGAAGAGGAACGGGAGGAAAGACCGGGGAAGGCGCGAGCAGAGAGACCGUCUAGAGAUGUGGACUGCACAGAGAAGAGCCGGAGUCCGUGUGCAACGUACAGUGUUGUUUUCCUCAGUCCUGCGAGUUGCUAUCGCGAGCUGGACGCCUUGCUGCACAGCCUCGGCGGGAGUCUCGCGCUCCUCGCCGCGAACUGCAUACACGCAUGUCCUCCUGACUUGCUUGGCAACUCCGACAAAAGCUUGCCGCAGCAUGCAGACGAGAAGGACGGGGCGGACUCUCGAGCGCGGGAGAGAAAGGCGGGAGGGAAGCUCGAGGGCGAGAACGGCGAGGCCUCUGCGGACUUUGACGCGGGUUGUCGGGGGAGGAGUGUCGCUUCUCGGAGACCAGAAGACGAGUCGAAGAAGAGAAGAAACGCAGGUCGUCGGGGCCGCAGACGCUGCGGAGACUCCAGCGCGGAGCGCGAGGAGUGCAGGGCGGAGGACGUCAAAAGCGUCUGCGAUGACUUUGGAGAGGGGCAGAAGAGUCGCAGGCGGAAAGGGAGGAACAAGCCGCGGCAGAGGGAUGGAGCGGUCUUGCUAGAGAGUGGGGAACAAGGUCGGGAACGCGGCUCUUGGAGCGUGGGAGGGCUCGCACUCAGCUCCCCAGCGAGAGCGUCAAGUUUGGGGAAUGCUGCGGAGGAUUGGGAAGCCGCAGCGAUGGCCUGGCUGCGCAGAGACUCGUAUGCGGAGCCGCAAAUGCGGAGUGCAGCGCCGGGCGGCUCGGUGGUUUUUGAGGGUGAAUCUAGCGAAGAUGAGAGAACGGUUUCAGGAUGCGCGGCGCGUUCGUCAACUGCCUACCGCAAGGGGGAGACACCUCGAAUCGGCGACGUGGAGGGAAGGACUAUAGACCCUGUAGAGGAGCGUUCUGAGCGCGCAGGGGCGCUGACGCCGCGAGACGGACGAGGGCGGAGGACGGGAGCGUUUCCUGCGGACUGCGCAGAUUUCGGAGGGGAGUCGGGAACUGCAGGCGGUGCACGUGUGGACAGCGCCUGCGCAGGCGGGGAGAGAGCGGGUGCGUCGGAACAGAGAGUGGAGACCGAGAAGACUGGCGAACGUUUCGCCGGGGAAAGAACGAAGGAGAAGUCGGCCAAAGCCCUCGCCUUUGCUUGUCGCACCUGCCAGAUUUCGUUCGACCAGGCUGCGGAGUACAGACAACACUGCAAGUCGUCUCUGCACGCCAUGAAUUUGAAGAGAAGAGUCAAAGAGCUGCCGCCGCUGACGGAAGAAGGCUGGCGAGAGGCGCAACUCGAUGAACAACUCGCCCUGCAACUGGAAGGCAUGGUUUUACCGGAGUACUGAGUUUUCGAGGAAAUGACCUUCUUUCAGUCUCCACCUGGCCUGUUUUCGAAACUGGCAGUGGACAGUGGUGUACGCUUCGCCGUUUCUCUGUUCUGCGUAGCUCUGCAGCUGUCUCCCUGUGGCGGGUCGCGCGUCUGGCUUCUGCACUGGAACGGGGACGUGAUGAGCGGUGUGUUUAAGACUCGUUUACAUGCGCUCAUUUUAACAUGUAGUGUAAUUGGAAGCUGGAAUACGGAAUCGUUCAGCGCCAGGUCGUCCUGGACACUGAAUCCAUGAGAGCUCACUGAGGUGCGGGCGCUUCCACGGCUCGAGAGAAGCAGAGGCUCCAGUUUCGAACGUUUUUGUCGUGUUUUUGAAGUGGGGGUGAUGCUGUCGAAAGAAUCCGGCGCGUUGUCCAAGGAGCGGACUCGAAAGAGUGCAUGACUGAAAGAAAGCCGUGAGUAAGAUGGUUGUGGGUGGACUGCCGAUCUCAAGACGUGAGUCAGCUUCUGUCUCACACAGGUUUCGUUGUCGAAUGAAAAAUGUUGAAUUCGCAGCCGUAUUUCACUAGAGCUGGCUGACUGGGCUCGAUGGCCUCGUGCAGGCGACCGAGCGCAAAUACGCGUUUCCUUUUUUCUUUUCCACUUGCGUCUCUCCGUUCUCCUCUCCCCCACAGAAGGGGCAGUACACGACCAGCGAUGCGUAGACCCCGUUCGCUUCUGGAAAACGCGUCUUUCGGACUUCCUAAUCCGAGUGCGACUCGCCGACGCAGCUUUCUCUCGAUUCGAUCUGUGCACUGUGUCUUGCUUCGAAGAGAUGCACAACACUGUGGAGAGAGACGCCUUGAAAAGCUCGAAAAUCCGUUGGAGCCCACGCUAAAGGUGCGGCGUUCAAGGCUCAAGACCGGAGAAACAACACAGAUGAAGAGCGAGAAGAAAAACGCGAAUCACCAGAUUCCUCGAGCAGUGCUCUCGGGCUGCGUCGCAGAGUGCAGGUUUUUUGCCAAAGAAGGAGAAAGAAAAAUGUUCGCGAGUCACACGGAACGAAUCGGCCGCCCCUCCGCAUGGCGUCUGUGUAGCACCCCGUGAAACCGACGGUUUUUUUUUGACUCGCAGUCGCCCUGCACUCGCAUGGUGCAUUUCGCUGCGCCUGUGCCGGCGUCCAAGACGUACGUAGCGAAGGUUUCUAUGUCUGAGACUCGCGCUGGACACUCGGCUGAAAACUGGGCCUGUCUGUCUCCUGGGAGAGCGAGACUCGUAGCCUUGUGGAAGCGCAUGAAGUGGGGAGUAAUGCAGUGCGUCUUUCGAAGAGUGAAAGGGGAAAGUGCGUCAAGAAGAAAGACCGGUGAAACAGUCAACGGCUAACGCUCUCCACCCAUGAUCGUGCGUGGAAACAAGGGGACUUUGAGCGCCUACAUUCCAAUUCGGAAGCCGUGCUCGACUUCGCGCAUCCUCUUUCUUUCGGAGACCUGCCACAAAAAGCUAGCCGUUGUCUUCGCAGCAGCCGUUGUCCUUGGACCUUCUUUCGCACAUGCGUCUCUCUGCGAUGUCAUGCGGGAGGGAACACUGCGAAUUUCAGAUCUUUCGUCUUCGAUCUUCUCGCAGCUCUUCUGCUCGUAUCUCCUUCGCCUUCUUUAUCAAGUACACUGAGACAGACGCGGGAGCUCGCGCCGCUUCCACCCACAUGUGGGCGCGACGCGAUGCAACAGACACAACGACGUCUCAAAUCGAAGCGAGUUCCCGGCACUCUGCGCUCAACAGCCUUGGGCUUCUGCACACUUCCAUUCAACCUGUAUCUAAAACAAAUACACUUCACACACAUAUCUAUAUACACGGG